UAUUGGCAACAUUCCAUGCCUGUGCACCAUAUGCCUUUGCCUUCAUGAAGUAUUCCUUCAUGCAUAAACAAUACGCAGGCUCAUAUACACAGUUGUUUGAAAAUGGAGAUAAAACGCUUUUAAAAUAUUCUUAUAAAAUACAUGCUUUUUAUUAUUAUUGAACUAAAUUUCUCUCUUAACGUUUCCAUUCAAUGGAUGAAGAAGAUAGUCGUCAAAGAAAAAAUGGACCUAUAUUCGAACCACCUGUGUAUAUACAACGCUAUGAUUUUGUCGAAAGUAUUGUGCGUCAAUUUGGAGCCAAGAAGGUGAUUGAUUUUGGUUGCUCAGAAGGGAAGUUAAUUAAUCAGCUCAAAAAAGUGGAGUGUGUUGAAGAAUUGGUUGGUAUUGAUAUUGACCUUGAUACUCUGGAGUUUAAUAAGAACAGAACAAGACCAUAUUCGUGUGAUUAUCUUGAUCCUCGAACAAGACCACUAACUGUCAGUCUUUAUCAAGGAUCAAUCGCGGAAUGUGAUGAAAGAUUUGUUAAUUUCGAUGUUAUUGCUUGCGUUGAGAUGAUAGAACACCUCCAUCCACCAGUACUUCAAGCAAUGCCAAUUACCAUAUUCGGACAUCUUAAACCUAAUGUUGUCAUCAUCACAACUCCAAAUUCAGAAUUCAAUGUUCUGUUUCCUGAUCUCAAAGGGUUCAGACAUUAUGAUCAUAAAUUUGAAUGGACCAGAGCUGAAUUUCAAUCCUGGUGUUUGCAAGAGUGUAAAAAAUAUGGUUAUACAGUAUCAUUUUCUGGCGUUGGUGAUGGACCUGUUGGUAGAGAAAACUUGGGUCAUUGUUCACAAAUAGCUGUGUUUAUUAAGAAGGAGGAUGAAAAUGGAUACAAUGAUGACCAAAGAAAGGGAAAAUGGCCGUAUGUGAAGGUGAUCUCUUGUGUGCAUCCAUUUAAAAAAGAACGAAGCCUUGAAGAACUUAUCUCUGAUGAACUAGAAUAUUAUAUUUUGUUCUUGGCGGAUGAAUAUAAAAAAGAUGAGAAGUCACUUUUAUCAGAAAUUCCACUGCAAAGUUUUCUCCAGUUUCCUAGAAUCUCUAAACUUGCUGGUAAUGUUCAUGUUUUAAGGAAAGCUGUUCAAAACUCUCAAAAGUUAGAACUAAGCGAAAGUCAGACAGCCAUAGUCUAUAAACGACCACAUGGUGAAUGGUCCAUCGAUGAUGAAUAUGAAGGUACAAAUUGGGAUUCAGAGGGUGUUGGAAGUAAUUAUAAUCAAUAUUAUAAGGUGGGUUGCCCCACGGAAGAAAAUUGGGAUGUUGAAAUGGAGGAUGAUGACUGUGAAGAAGAUGUAUGGUCAACAUGGAGAACGAAUAAUGCAUCAUUCGAUGGUUUAAUUUGA